UACUGCUCAAUUGUUUAGUUAUUUCAGUUCAAAAUAGUUGUAAACCCAUUUGCGAAGCCAACGCAGCAAUGAGCGGUGUAUCGGAAGAAAAUGAACGACCGGAGUGGUUAAGCGACAGUUACGUGGAAAAAAUAUUAAAAACAUAUUUAAAUGAAAAUCAAAUAAAAUUACAAAGUUUGGAUGUGAAACCGGCCACAGCGAAAGGGGAAAGCUUCUCAAGUGUUAUAAAUCGGGUGCGAGCCCGUUACACCACCUCUCAUAGCAAAGAUGUUUGUGAAAUAUCAUUUUUGUAUAAAACCACAUUUGAAAAUAAUGGUUUUUUGGCCAGUGUUUUGGAGCAAUACGAUGUCCUGAAUACCGAAAUGCAAAUGUACGAAAAGGUAUUGCCUCAGAUGCAAAAAUCCCUUUGGGAUAUUGGAGAUGAGGAUCAGUUGUUUGCAAGGACCCUCUAUGUGGAUUAUGGCAAGAAAACGAUUUUCUUCGAGGAUCUGGCGGUGAAGGGUUUUGGCAUGGCCAAUCGAUUGGUGGGUUUGGAUGAGGACCACAUGCGUUUGUGUUUGAGAAAACUGGCCAAAUUCCAUGCCUCGGCAGCGGUGUUAAAUGAACGCCUAGGGGGUUCUUUGGAAGUCUAUCAACGUGGAAUAUUCAAUCGCCAUGUAAAUGCAUUUGGAGGAUUUUUCGAGGCUGUCACCAAGGUGUGUGCUGAGUUUUGCGAGACAUGCGCCGAGUUGGGUGGAUACUAUAAGGAUAAGUUAUUGCGUCGGAUACCCCAUGUGGUGGAGAAUGCCACCCGGUGUUAUGACUGGAAAGAGGGACACUUUUUCACCCUAAAUCAUGGUGAUAUUUGGACAAAUAAUUUCAUGAUGUGCUAUGGCGAUGUGGAAAGGGAACUUAAGGAUAUUUUGCUCAUUGAUUUUCAAUACUGUAAUUGGACAUCACCGGCAGUGGAUUUGCAUUAUUUUUUCAAUACCUCCUUGGCGGAUGAUUUACUUUUCCACAGGCAAGACCAUCUUGUGCAGUAUUAUCAUGAAGUAUUGUCGGAAACUUUAAGAAAAUUGGGAUAUCAACAACAUAUACCCACCCUGCAUGAAUUGAAAGUUCAAUUGCUGGAUCGAGGAUUUUUGGCCGUUGCAACUUUGUUGGUGAAUCUCCCCCUACUGACCAAUGAUCAGACGGAAGAUGCCGAUUUUGAAUGUCUCCUGGUGGAUAAUGAGAAAUCUCGACGAUUUCGCAAAGUUUUGUAUGAAAAUAAGAGGGUGCAGAGUAUUGUGAAAGUUAUGCUGCCACAGUUUGAUCGUUUGGGAUAUUUGGAUAUGUUGGAAAUCAAUGCCCAGAUGAAACAGCAGAAGCUAGAAUUGAUGCACGAGGGCCAGUAUUGGUGUAAUACUCGGAAAACAAACAGAAUUAAAAAAAAAAUGUGUGAAAAUAACUCCUGGCAGGCUCCCUUGUGGCUAAGCAAUGACUAUUUGCAAAUAGUCCUUCAGGAAUAUCUCAAAGAUGAUUCUGUUCUGCUAACAAAUGUGGAUAUACGACCGGCCACAGCCAAUGGUGAAAAUUAUGCCAGUGUCAUGAGUCGCAUUAAGCUCACCUUUACCAGCAACACACAAAUUGAACCUUGCACAUUAUCCUUCAUUCUGAAGUAUUCCUAUGAAAAUGAUCCUGUGGUGGCAAAAAUUAUGGCGGGCUAUGAUGUUUACAACACGGAAAUGAAAAUGUACGAAAAAAUUCUACCCCAAUUGGCAGAAAUCUUAGAGGAGUCGGGAGAUACAGAGCAACUAUUUGCCAAGACCCUAAAGGUGGACUAUGAACGUUCAGCCAUCAUAUUUGAGGAUUUAACUAUGUCGGGUUUUGAAAUGGCUGACCGCAAACGGGGUAUGGAUUGGUCACAUGCUGAAAUGGUUAUAAAAAAGUUGGCCAAGUUCCAUGCAGCUGCGGCGGUGUUAAAUGAACGUCAGAAUGGCAUACUGGAACAAUUCGAUCAUGGUAUUAUGAAUCGCCAUACCAGGGGAUUUGCCUGUAUCUUUGAGUAUCUCUUCGAAGAAGGAGCACGCUUUGUUAAGGAUUGCCCGGAAUUGGGUGAAUAUUAUUACGAAAAAUUGUCGAAGCUAUGCAGCCACAUAAUUGACUAUGGUGUCAGAGCUUAUGCCACCAGGCCACAAAAUUUCUACACCCUCAGCCAUGGAGAUUUGUGGACCAACAAUAUGAUGAUGUUGUACGAAACGAUUGAGGAAGAGUUGGAAAAGAAACAGUCAUUGAAGGAGUUAAUGUUUAUUGACUUCCAGCUAUGCAAUUGGUCCUCACCCACUGUGGAUUUGCAUUAUUACUUUAACACAUCCUUGUCAACGGAUUUACUUUUGGAUAGAGAAACACAAGAAAAACUCCUGCAAUAUUAUCAUUCAGUUUUAUGUGAUACGUUGAGAAAAUUAAAUUACGAAGGUCACAUACCCAGCCUACAUGAAUUGACGGUGCAAUUUGAGGAAAGUCGGAUACUGGCUUUGACUGGUAUAUUUUCAAAUCGCCCAAUUAUGACAACCGACGAAACGGAAGAUGCCGAUAUUCACAGUCUUAUGGACGAUAAUGAGAGAGCUUGGCGAUUUAGACGAAACUGCUUUAAAAACAAGGAACUACAAACGGUCAUUAAGGCGUGGCUUCCACGAUUUGAUCGUUUAGGUUUAUUGGAUUUACAAAAAUAA